UUAAUCGGUUACGUUUUCGACCUUUGUGGCCAUGAAAUGGUCACUAUCUGCCGCGACUAUACCUUCGGUCGCUAUCGUUUCCAGAGAGAAGAUGGCAGCGUGAAUCUUGACAUGUUCCUCAGAACCAAGCAGUCCAAAUCCGAACCCGAGCCUAAGCCAAUCAAGACCAAGCAUGAUCUAUCUACAAGAGCGCAUCAGAACAAGACCCGCCGAAGCACUCGUGGACUGCCCUCAUCUGACGCUCUGUGCGGUGAUGAUCUUACCCCUGGAUCCAACAUGUCUUCCCCGGCCGCUCCUGAUACGACUGGGCCCUCUAUCGCUAGAGCAUCUCCCGUCAUGCCGAUUCCACCGGUAGCCAACAACACCGAUGCACGUGAGGAGCUUAUCCAAAAAGAGAGUGAUGUUGAGGCUCAAUGGUCAACUCCGGCUUAUGCCGUUGUCGGCCCAGGCCUGCCUAUCGAUGAGUACAGGAUGAUGAUCUUCCAAAUUUCUCGCACUUAUAGUGCCAGCGUUUCCAUCGUCCCCGAGAUCGCCGACCUCAUCAAGGCGCUUGGCCAGGCUGUUACACAAGAUGACAGAGAUGCCUUAUGCCAGACAUUCGCAAAGAUUAUGACGUCCCUGCUAGCCGCUUCGGCACCAACUGCUAUCAACUUCCUGGAGGAGGAGCAUGAAGACAUGGUCUCGAGUGCUGUGGCCGAGUUCGGUAUGGACUUGCUGACCAACUCUGCUGAGGGCGGUGCCCUUAUGGAUAGCAUGGCGAAGGAAUUGCUGGCCGGCCAGAGAGAAGGUUUAAGCGACGCAUUCGGGGCCCUUAGGAGUUUCUUGGUUUCGUACAGAGGUCGCUCUUAAGCGACAGAAGCAUCAUCUUUUGCGUUGUAGCGUUGCCUGAGAGUAGGAUAGGCUGUUUCCUAGUCAUCCGACCGACGAUGACUCACUUUGGCUACUAGGGUCCUAUGGCAAUAAGCAGUGAAUAGCAAUGAUUCUCCUUGUGAGCUUCCUCGA